CGUCCUUGGGAACGUACUAUUAACCUUCACCCUCCCUCCCACUGGCCCAUUGAAGAUAUACACUUCCUGUGGAGGUAGAAUUUAUAUAAUUGUUGUCUCAAUUGGUGAAUACGAACAGCUGGUGGCAUUAUCAACCCACACACAUCGAAGCUCAGAACGCGACCUCUCGCCAAAUGCUUUGAUCCGGCAAGGCAUUAAGAAGCAGCAGCCUUUCUGGAUCAACCAUGGCCGACGCCGGGAGCUAUGGCGAUGGGACCUCCAACUUGCCCUUGGCUGAGACCAAGAACGAGGUUAAGAAACCCAAGAAGAAGAAGGUGCUUCUUAUGGGCAAGAGCGGCUCAGGCAAGUCGAGCAUGCGAAGCAUCAUCUUCAGCAAUUACAUCGCCCGAGACACGCGCAGACUCGGCGCAACUAUCGACAUCGACCUCUCCCACGUCAAGUUCCUCGGCAACCUGACCCUGAACCUGUGGGACUGCGGCGGCCAAGAAGCCUUCAUGGAGAACUACCUAUCCCAACAGCGCGUUCACGUCUUCUCCAACGUCGGCGUCCUCAUCUACGUCUUCGACAUUGAGUCGCGCGACGUCGACCGCGACCUCGCCACGUACGUCUCCAUCCUGUCUGCCCUCCUCCAGUACUCGCCGCAAGCCCGCAUCUACAUCCUCAUCCACAAGAUGGACCUGGUGGCCCCCUCCCUCCGCGAAGCCGUCUAUGACGAACGCGUGCGCAUCGUCCGCCAAAAGACCGUGGAGUACGCCAAUAGCAUCGGCUACUCUGCCGCCGACCAAGGCGCCGGCGCUGCCGACCCCAGCGGCUCGGUCGUCCUCCUCGAACCUUUAUCCGCCUCGGCAACGACCGGUGGCAGUGGCAGCUCUGGUAGCGGUAGUGGCGUGGGCGCCGCCGCCGCCGCCACCUCUGCGUCGACUCCGUCGUCCCCUCUCGAGAUCACCCCGUUCGCGACCUCCAUAUGGGACCAAUCCCUCUACAAGGCCUGGGCGAGCAUCAUCCACGACCUGGUCCCCAACCUGGCCGCCAUCGAGCGCAACCUCGCCAACCUGGGCGUGGCCAUCGAGGCCGAGGAGCUCCUCCUCUUCGAGCGCACCUCCUUCCUCGCCGUCUCGUCCUGGACCUCCGAGGAGGGCCAGCGCAACCCCACCGAGGACCGCCUCGAGCGCAUCUCCAACAUCAUGAAGCACUUCAAGCAGAGCAUCAGCCGCUUCACCGGCACCCCGCGCAACGCCGAGCAGUUCGUCCGCAUGGAGCACAAGGCCGGCUCCCGCUUCAACCUCUUCAUCCUCAAGUUCACCACCAAUACGUACCUCAUGGUCGUCCUCCCGCCUGGCGAGGCGCGCUUUAACGCCGCUAUGCUGAACUGCCAGAUUGCCAUCGAGCAUUUCAAGUUCUUGGAUGGACCGGUGACCACGGCGGCGCCGGCCCACGGCGUUGGGGGAUAGACUUGGCGACGGGGCGAAGAACCAACCGGAUGGAGAGCGAGAGAGAGGGAGAGAUGGCGAUGUUGCUUCUGAUCUGCAAUAAUGGUAUGUGGUAAUGGGCACUUGGGAUGGGCCUGUGACUUUGUCUUGUCUGAGCGUCAUGGGAUUGUGCUAGGACGGCGUUAUAGGACGGCUCAUGAGAUACCAUCUAAGGCGUUGGGUUUGUCAGCCAGACAUUUUGAGGAAAUUACAAUUCAAAAGUACUAGCACAGCCGCUGAAGAGAUGCCGGUUCAUGUCACAGUUACGGCCGGGUUCAAGAGUUCGACAAAUGUAAUUACAUCUGGGCUGCGUCUACCACUUGAAUUGCUUGGGUGGGAAAAUUAUAUAAGCCGCCUACCUCUACCGGCGAUGUCGCGGCUGCGCAACCCGGAUCCAGACCAACCAGAUAGAUCACUUUCAUAGUAUCAGAACGCCUUUCCGACCAUGUC